AUAAAUUGCUGGCUCCUCUGCGGUCACAGAUUUGAGUGUAACACCGGAAGCCAACCCUUUAACGCGACACUGCGCAUGUGCAAGUCUCUCGUGUCUUCGACCUCUACUACUACAAACCGACAGUGAAUCAACACCAGCUCCUUUGGUUGACCUGACCACCACUACACGUCCAGUCGUCAUGUAUGCCUGUGCUAAGUUCGUCUCCACGCCCUCUCUGGUCCGUGCUGGAUCUCGGGUGCUGUACAGACCACUGUCAGCAGCAGUAGUCUCAGAUGCCAGGAAAGCAGAGACUGCUUCUCUCCUGGCACCACAGAGCAUUGCAGCCUCCCAGCUGCAGGUGGCAGUGCGGGCGUUCCAGACUAGCGCUGUGAGCCGUGACAUCGACACCGCUGCAAAGUUCAUCGGAGCCGGAGCUGCCACGGUGGGAGUGGCUGGAUCUGGAGCUGGAAUUGGAACAGUGUUCGGUAGCCUUAUUAUCGGAUACGCCAGGAACCCCUCUCUGAAGCAGCAGCUGUUCUCGUACGCCAUCUUGGGCUUCGCUCUGUCUGAAGCUAUGGGUCUUUUCUGUCUGAUGGUUGCAUUCCUCAUUCUGUUUGCCAUGUAAACCAGUUAGGCAUUUGCUGUAAAGGUAUACAACACAAUGUUAAUGAGAAUUAGCAGUUUGAGAUGCCCUUGAAUGGAACAAUGUCGUCAACUCAUCAUGUUGCUCAUUCAUGUUCAUUGGUGUUUCUUAAAAGAUUGUGGACCCACUGGUGUAAGAAACUCCGGCAAACCCAAAUCAUUUUGAAUGAUGGUUUCGUCAUUAUAUUGUAUAUUUAGUCAAAUGUUUUUGUUAAACAUGGAAUCAAUAACAGAAUUAAAAAUGUUUCAUUCAUCA